UGUAAAACUAUUAACGUCACAUAUGGGGAGAAGUCAUUGCCACAUCAGCUGCUGAAAAUUCAAUGAAUGUUCAGUGACAGAGAAAAGGGAGAGGAGACAGAAGCAAAAACAAAGCCAGACCAUACAAACGAAUGUUGGCGGGCUUACAGUAUUUAUAUUAAUAUAUAACACAGUCCCUGUAGACGGUCAGGACAAAACAGAAUAUCAUUAAGGGGAAACAAUUAUACUUGUUUUUAAUUAAGCACUGGAAGAUGUUACAGUCUCUAGCCAGUAACUCGUGUGUACGGCUGAUACAAAGCAAUACAUCGACAUGGUAUUUCUUUUUUCUGGUCCUCGGCUAUGUACUGUAUUUAAUCUUCGGGGCCAUGGUUUUCUCCUCGGUCGAGCUGCCUUAUGAGGACCUGCUCAGGCAGGACCUGAGGAACGUGAAGAGGCAGUUUUUACAGGAGAACGAAUGCUUGUCAGAAGAGAGACUCGAGGAGUUCUUGGGGAAGGCACUGGAGGCCAGCAAUUACGGGGUUUCGGUGCUGAACAACGCGACAUCGAACUGGAACUGGGACUUCACCUCGGCUUUGUUCUUUGCUAGCACUGUCCUGUCCACUACAGGUUAUGGCCACACAGUCCCUCUCUCGGACGGAGGAAAAGCCUUCUGUAUAAUCUACUCUGUGAUCGGGAUCCCAUUCACUCUCCUGUUUCUCACGGCUGUGGUGCAGCGUAUCAUGGUGUACGUCACCAGGGGUCCGGUUACGUACAUUCAUACCCGCUGGGGUUUUUCAAAGCAGCUGGUCGCCCUGGUCCAUGCUUUGGUACUGGGACUUGUUACUGCAUCGUGCUUUUUUUUCAUCCCAGCAGCAGCGUUCUCUUCUCUCGAAGAUGACUGGAAUUUCUUAGAGUCUUUCUACUUCUGCUUUAUCUCUCUCAGCACAAUCGGUCUGGGAGACUACGUGCCAGGAGAAGGUUACAAUCAGAAGUUCAGACAGCUUUAUAAAAUCGGGAUUACAUUUUAUCUAAUGCUGGGUCUAAUUGCGAUGUUGGUAGUUCUGGAGACGUUCUGUGAACUGCAGGAGUUGAAGCAGUUUCGGAAGAUGUUCUACUUGAAGAAGGAAAAAGCAGAGGACCGCGUCCACAUCAUCGAUCACGAACACCUUUCAUUCUCCUCCGUCUCCGAUCAAGCCGCUUCCUUGAGGGAGGACAAAUUAAACGAGCCCUUUAUGGAUGUACCACCAGUAACUUACAGUGCCUCUGACUUCUCUUCACUGAACAGAUAGCAUUCCUCUGUAGCAUUGAUGUUCAGCCUGCUGCAUAGUAGUUGUUAUUUUAAUGCCUCUUUGAAAAAAAAAUGUCUCAACAGAUGAUAAUAACGGUGUCUGUACUCUUAAGGGAGAGGGGAUGUAUGAAUAUGACUGUUUGCCUAAUAUCUCAUGUGAAAAGCUUAAUAUCCUGCACAUUUAUUCAUUAAUUGUAUACUUGAAAUUCUAUCUUUUGGAUAUGUAAGGGAUUUAAGGAAGAAUUAUGUCAUAUUUUAAUAAGACAGAUCUCCAGUCUAUGUGUACGAUAUGAAGGGGAUAGUUUUUACUUUACAGGGGGAUAGUUGACGUUCUGUAAUUAAUAUUUUGUUUAUAACAUGUCAUAGUUCUUCAUUCACCUGUAGACAUCGGGUCUAUUCUAUUGAUCCAAAUAAGGGCGGAGCUAAAUAUUGCUGUUCUUUAAAUUACUGGCGAGAGGACCCUCCUUGUCGUUUUCAAUAUUUUAACAGAAAUGCUCUAAAGAUACAUGCAUGCACUGUUAUAGGUCUGAUUUUCAUAACAGUGGUACACACUUUUCUACUAUCUCCAUGGUGGUGUUAUAUCCCCCAAUGUUAAAUCAGUUGAAUAGAUCUUGGCAUGUGUUCUUUUGCUAUAGAGUUUAAGGGCUGGCCCCUGGUCCUGCAUCACUAAAGACAGACUAUGCCAAGAGUUUAUUUUUGCUGAUUUCAACGGACAUAAGUAAAUGGUUAUUAAGAAGUAGAGUAGCAAGAAGGUUAGCAAAAUCUUGCAGCAUGUUACUGAAUUGCACCAGUAUUCACUGUAAAAUGAAAUACAUACUGUAAAAUAUAAAUAAAGGGAAAACAUUUAUCCUCAAAACCUAGAAUGUUAACGUUAUAGACAUAAAGCAUUAGGGUUCUGUUAUGUACACUGUGGGCUUAUGUAAAUGCUGGUGUGGUAAUGCUUUACGAAUACUACUUGUUAAGUCUUUAAAGGGGAAUUUAAGCACAAUCACAUAAUGCACUACAGCAUUGCAUUUACGGCUGUAUCACAAAGCAGUGCAUGCGCUGUUGUGAUAUUACCUUUACAAAGUAUCUUAGCAAUUUUUUUUUUAUUAUUUAUUUAUUUAUGUAUUUUUUAAUAACAGUUUAUAUUAGUACUAGAUAAAUAAACUGCAAUAACUGCAGGAAUUAAAAGAGAUACAAAUGUGGUUAUCAUGUUGAAAAAUGUAUGAUGAUCAUAUCAUUGGAUAAUUAAGUGAAAUUGUACACUGAUAUUGACUUUUUUUUCCUGUAGUGGUUUCUAGACACAUCUGUUGUAAAGCUGUCCCGUUUUAUAAAGUCAAGUUCUGUUGCAAGCUCUGAAGCCGUGCUAGAGAGGAGCUUUUGUUUUCUCUGUCAAGCUUGAACUACUUCUUCGCCUUUAAACAUUUCUCUCUUGGGAGUGACCUAGCACAAGAAUGUUACCACAGAUCUUCGAAACAAAAGUAAUAAUAAUAAUAAUAAUAAUAAUAAUAAUAGUAAUAGUAAUAAUAAUAAAUAAUAAUAAUAAUAACAAGCAUUGCUGUAAGAAUGUGUUGUCAUCAGUGGCCUGUAUUUAUUAAAGACACACAAAGGCACUUAAACACACUGUAUUGAAGGUAAAUUAUGUAAAUGAAAAAGAAAAGUUAUAAUAAAGUGUUUUUUUUAUUUAUAACAUGUUUAUUUUUAAUAGCGCAUGACAGAUUUGGAGCACAGUGAAUUCUGUUUCAUAAAAUUCACAGAUUUUUUAUUCAUUUUUUUCUUGCUGUAUACUUUAUCAAAAUAUCUUACCACAAUUGCCCUUAUAAAUGUUUACCACAGUAAUUUGGCAGUUUCCCUAUGGUUAUACUAUGCAUUUACCAUGGUUCAUAUGGUUUGUAAAUGCCACAUUUUUUAUAUAUUUCAUAUCUUUACAAUGCUUACCUAAGCUUUACCCUGCUUAAAUACACUUUGCUGUGUGUGACGAUAGCCGGGUGUCUAAGGUGGUCAGGAGGUAGGAGGGAGACUCAGAGCUG